UCUUCUUCUUCUGUCCACUAGAUUCAGCAACAAUGGCAUUUGUGAAGAGUGGAUGGCUGCUCCGGCAAAGUACUAUUUUGCGGCGCUGGAAGAAGAACUGGUUUGACCUGUGGUCUGAUGGCCGCUUAAUAUUCUAUGAUGAUCAAAAUCGCCAUGAUAUAGAAGAUAAAAUCCACAUGCGAAUCCACUGCAUCAACCUCAGAGUGGGGAAUGAAUGUCGAGAUUUCCAGCCUCCAGAGGGGAAGCAGAAAGAUUGUUUACUGCAGAUUGUUUGCCGUGAUGGGAAGACAGUCAAUCUCUGUGCAGAGAGUGCAGAUGACUGCCUGGCAUGGAAAAUUGCUCUCCAGGAUGCCAGGACAAACCCAGGCUACAUGGGAUCUGAUGUGAUGUAUGAUGAGACAGCCAUUUCCUCAGCCCCUCCUCCCUACACAGCUUAUGCCACACCAUCACCUGAGGUUUAUGGCUAUGGCUAUGAUCAGUACAGUGGUGCGUAUGCACCUCCUGGUCCUCAAGUCUUCUAUGCCUCCAAUGGACAAGCUUAUGCUGUUCCCUACCAGUAUCCAUACCAAGGACCUUAUGGGCAGCCCCCUGCAAACCAUGUCAUCAUUCGAGAGCGUUACCGUGACACCGAUGGAGAUCUUGCACUGGGCAUGCUUGCUGGAGCAGCAACUGGAAUGGCUCUGGGAUCAUUAUUCUGGGUCUUCUAGAUUACCUGUUCCUUAUCUUUGUAGUUCCAGAACCCUUUAUUGUGUGCAAUAAUAUAUUGGCAGUGUUGUUUACUGUUAAACUUUAAGAAAUGCAAUAGUUAUUUUUCAGUAGUGACAUCUUAAUAACUGAUUCUUAACUGUCUUGAGAGUUUAAAGGCACCAUUUAGUUAAGUGGUUGGAGUUGGCAUGUGCUGCUCUUGAAUUCUGUUUAUGAUGGAGUUACAAGGAUUUGUACUGAUAAGAAUCAAUAUGAGCACCAAUGUAACAUGGUAGCAGUCACUAGCUUUAUGAACAGACUGUUACUGUAAGCACGGCAGAAAAAACGUGAUGGGGGGGAGGGAGGAAUCUAAAAUCUGGUCCAAAUAGGAGGUUUAAAGGAACCCCGUAUUAGUGUAUAUGUACUACUGGCUCUAAACAUUCCCUGGACAAACACACAGCUCAGCAGAAACUCCUUGGCAUUAGGUACCCUACCAUGCUUGAGAGGAUUUUUGUUAUCAAACUUGCCUGCGGAUGGUAAUAUAUUUUCUUAGCUGGAGUCGUGUAUUUGUGUCUCACCUUAUCCAGGUGAGGCUGUUUUUGAGAACGUGUAAGCUAAUCACUAAGAAGCGGCAGCACUCCUCAGUUCUUUUAUUCUCCCAAAAAUGUGAAUGCCCAGUAGCAAUGAAGACCAGUGUUUGUUCUUUCAUCUCCCUCUUUAUCCUGAAUCACUCUUCUCUGGUCAGAUGGAAGUAAUGGAUCUCUGGUUUUGAAAGUGGUCUUCCUUGUCUGUAGAACAGUCACCUCAGACACUGUACCAACUGCACUGCUAAGAAAGAGAUCACUGUCCAGUGUACUGCUAUUGUUCUGCAGUCUGCAGGAGAACUAUCUUGAACAACCCUUGCCCUCUUGGGCCUAUCAGAACCCCUUUGCAGGCAGUAAUAGUCAGGAGGGGAGAGUCAAACAGCACAAGCAGACCUUGCACACAGGCACUUUGAUAUCAGCUGCCUUGCCGAGGCUAGAAUACGUCUGCAUCUUAGCCUCCAAGGUUUACCAAACCAGGUUCAUUAUCUGCAGCUAGUUUUGAGCACAGCUGACCCUGGGUUUGUUCUAUGCACACUCUCCCCUCACAUUCAGCAGGUCUUGUCUUCCCCUCCGUAACUUGUUAAGGAAAACACUCCAAGGAACCUGGCUGGCUUUGCUUGUUUGACUGGUUCCUUACACAAUGUGCUCCUGCAAGCUGCUGUGCUAUGGAGUGUAACCUGGAGUGCAACUGUUAUGUAUGCUAUGUGGCCUAUUACCUGAUCCUAUUAUAAUCCAUGCUGAGCUGCGCUUGGCAGGGAAAAGAAAACUCUGAAGAAAUGCAUGUGCUUUCUUAUUCAGGUAAAAGAGGCAGGGUGCCUAAAUGAGCCGUUUAUAGUAAGAGGACUUAUUUUUAUACUUCCACUUUCAGCUUCUUGUAUUAAUACUUGUUUAAUAUGUUAAGUCUUUCUUACGCUUUCAGAAGUUGGUUAAUUUCCUUAAGGUUCAUGGAGUUUCAGGUAUGUCAGGAAAGCUGAAAAUAGAUAAGAACUUUCACCCAUAUAAAUUUAGAUCAAGCCCCAAGCUUUUCCAUUUCAUCCAAAAGCUGUCUUGGGUCUAUCCUACUAUUAAAGCAAUAGAGGUCUUCAACAAGAGUUUGGGUAGCAGCCAGGGGAAGCACUAAGCUUUCAUGACUCUUAGGACAAACUCAACAAACUGAAAUCAUCGGAAGUAAACAGACAGAUGUAAUCUUGGCUGCAUUACUAAGAGUGAGCCUAAACCAAGGAAUGUAAAUGUCUUACAAGAAACUGGCUCAGAGCUGUACACUAAUACGCAUGCAUGUCCUUUCCCUGAUUAAUACAAGCUGCAUAUGUUCUGCCAGUGGUAUGUACUGAAAGCACUUGGAGGUUCAAAAGAGGACCAAAGUGAAAGUUUCCUAUUGCUAGUCCAAACCACAAGAAAUUGGAGUACACUACUGAAGUUUUCUGAGAGGUCUGGUACCCUGGAGGUCAGAAAGAGACUGUGACUGUCUGGAACUUAAGUGAACAAACAUUUCAACCCUUUUUAAACCUUGAGAUAACCCUGAAGCUGAUUACAGGUCUAUACUGCUGUUUAGUUUGCGCUUUGCAAUGUAACUAGUUCUGCAGAAUGCCUUCAUGUCCUCUUGUUCCUCUGUGAUAUUUAGCUUGUAAGGGGAGGGAGAGAGAAUAAAACAAUUGAACAACA